AUGGCGGAAAAUUCUGCUUCACUGAUCAAGACGAGCCCUCGUCGCCGCGAUCGUCCGCGGCGGAAGCCGGUGAACCCAUUGGAGGCGAGGUGGGCGAAGGCCAUAUCGUCGCCGUCCCUCUCCAACAAGCGCCCACCGCUGGCGCUCCCAGAGGCGGCGCAGUUCUUCUUCCGGCACCUCCCGCGUCACACUCGCGGUGGCCCUGGCGUCGCCCACGACGAAGCGUGGGAGAGGAAGACGGCCCUGAGGAACACCAUCCACGACGCCUACCUACGCGCCCUGGCGCGCCUCCCUUUCAAUGGCCCCGACGGCGCUUCGAAGACGAUGCCGUCCCUCCUGCCCGCGCUCCUCGCUGGCGGCCACUGCUUCGGACCGCUCCCCGACGGCGCCUCCAACGUCAUCGUCAACACGGUAUGGCUCCACGCUGCCUCUCCCCCCGGUCGCUUCGCCGCUGCAGAUACCGUCGUGGAUGUCGUCAGCCUGGAUCACAUCAAGCUGGGCUCCUUCCUCGGCCUUACUCGCGUGCUCCUACUGGACGACCGUGGCCGUGACUACCACGCGGCCGCUGUCGCCGCCAGGCACCCCAACUGCGAGGCUUUCGCUGCGUUCGCGCAGUCCGGAGUCGCCACAAGCCCUGCCGUCACGCAGCUGCUCGCGAAUAGCAGCGGUGUGCUCUCCACCGAGGAUAUCGAGCGACUGUCUGCCCUACUGGUUCCACAUUCGGCCCCUCGGCUCCAAGCUUGCCUGGUGCCAGAGUCCAAGCAGCUCAAUGUGGAGAGGGAGGAGCGCAUCAGAAGCUGGCAAUCAUGGAGACGCAAGGUCGCCAACAUGGCGAUUGAUCACUGGAACCGCACCAUUGGGGGACCUGAGCUACAGCUCAAGGUUGUUUGUGGCGUCAGCAUUGGCGACCGUGAUUACCAACAUAUCAAUUUCAUGGCCACUCCAAGAGAUAAUCCGGCAGCCAGACAGCUCUUCUUUGCAGAAUAUAAACACCCAAUGGGUGUCGUGCUAUGCUGUCCUGUGCAGGACUCUGUCUCUCAAAGCGGGCACUGCAGUCUUUGCGAGGGUAUCGAAGAAAGGAUCAUCCACCCACCUUUUGGAGCAUACAAUUUCCGCAGUCCGGUUGAUGCUACCUUGGAUAUCAUUGACUUUGAUAUUGCAAACCUGUUGGACAUCAAAUAUGCUCGGCACCUUUGGGGUUCCAGACACAUGGUCAGUAGUUCUAGUUACACUGUUGGUACCGAUUCCAGCACCGAAGAAUGGGUCAGCGAGUACGAUAUGAUAAUAAUUCGGUAGUUAAGUUGUAGUGGAAACUUGCAUCUAUAUACUUGUAUGUAUGUGUAAGCAAA